AAAAUAAAAUUCCCUCUCUGCCCUCUGCUCUUAUCUCAUUGUCUCAUAACAAUUGUCAAUUUGUUUUGUGGUUGUUUUGCUUGUAAUUUAUAUCACAAUUUCAUAAUUCAUCGUUUUUGCUUUGAAAUUGUAACGAAAAUACCCAUCACAAAAAUAAUGGUGAAGUAAAAUAGAACACAGUAAUAAUUACAGUACAUAAUCAUAACCAAGAUGAAGAUUAAGUGAAAAAGUGACUAAAAUAAUUUUGUGUUACACGUACACUAGACUAUUACGGCGAAAAUAAGUAUUUUAAAAGCAAAUUGAGACGUAUUCGUUAUCAACAAACAGUUAUGGUAGUGUUAGAUACCAUGGAAGGUAUUGGAAAUUUAGAAGAACAGGCCCUAAAAAGGAAGGAGAGACUUAAAACCCUCAAACGAAAAGCUCCCAACCAAGGCGAUGAAGACACUGCUUCUAAAGGGGAUUUUGUUGUACUUCCGAAGCCUAAAUUUCGAAGUUACAAGCCACAAGAUGAAGAUUUAAAAAAAGAGAAAUUAACUGAUGCUGCACCAUCAUUAGUUGAAGAAGAAGUUAAAGAUUUAGUUGAGGCUGGCAAAGAAAAGGUAAGUUCAUACAUAAUUCACAAUUUUAUAUUACAGGUAGUUUUACAAGAUUUGGAUAUAUCCAGUCUUGCACCUCGGAAGCCUGAUUGGGAUCUUAAGAGAGAUGUCUCUAAGAAGUUAGAGAAGCUUGAGCGAAGAACACAAAAGGCUAUAGCUGAAUUGAUUUGGGAGCGAUUGAGGCAUGGCAAUGAAGAAAACCUGAGUGCUAUGGUGACCAUGAAUGAAAAUAGACCAGCAGAUGAUGAUUGAAAAGUAGAUAAUCUUUUGUGGAAUUAAGGUAUAAUUUGUAUGCUAAAGCCUGGUUUCCACCUAAGCGGAGUGAAGAGGAGAUACGGUCAAUCUAUCUAUCAGAUUCUUAAUAGUUACAAAAAUUAUCAUCUUUUAAAAAUCAGAUUGGUCUACUGAACACAUCUCUCCACUCCGCUUAAAUGGAAACCGGAUCUAAGUCUUGUAGUAAUAAAGAUGCUUUGUAUUUUGCAUA